UUUUUCAAUUCUCUCUGUAUUUUUCUUUACCACUGUGGUCUCUGUACUUGUUUUUUUUUUUUGAACUUCAGCAUUCUUAUUUGUUCAUUUGCUCUGUUUAGGUAGCUUUACUUUCGUCAUGGCAUACCCUAUUUUCCGCAAAAACUCCAGUAAUUUCCAACGUCUUUUGUCCUCUCCUCGCAAACAGUCGGUUCCAGCGAUGAUUAUUGGUUAUUUGGUGGCCCGUACCAACCAAAAACAAAAACUGUAAACCAUCACAAAGAUCCAAUCCUUGAGCAGCAGCGCCAACCAGAUUUGAGAGCAAGUUCCGCAAAUGGGUUUCUAGUUUCGUCUCUCAAAGAUCAUUUCUGGUAUGACAAUCUUGUCCUCCUUUUCUUGCUCAUUCGCACCAAACAGAUUUCAGGGCAAUUUUGGCAAAUGGGUUUUUGAUUUCAUCUCUCACUCAUCAGUUCUUGUUGCUCAAUUGCAUCACCGUUAAACCCAAUUGUUGUCCAAGAGUAUUAUAAGGAGAGACUGAGCAAAUCUUGGGUCUCGGGUGGUGUUUGCCAUUGUGCCAUUGAUCCGUUUAAUCUUCAUUUCCUUUCAAAGAUUAAUAAAUUUCUUUUGCCGAGCAAAAAAAAAGAGACUGAGCAAAUCUUGGGCGAAAAUGAGGGACUUCCCUUCUUGUUUUGGUGAAAAUGGUGUUCAAGUAGCUGAUGCUUCAAGUUCAAGUGUGAGCAAAGCCUCACAGAAUGUACUUACGUGCCUGUAUAAGUGUAAAUUGUUUGGUCAAUCGUGCUUGGUUACCAUUACAUGGGGCAAGAACUUGAUGGGUCAAUGCCUGAGUGUUGAAAUUCAAGAUUUGUUGAAUCGAUGUCUCUGUAAGGUUGAUCUAAAGCCUUCUUUGUUCUCAAAAAGAAAAGGGUCCAAGUGUGUGGAGGUCAAGUCUUGUAAAAUUGAAAUGUAUUGGGACAUUUCUUCGGCCAGUUUCGGAUCUGGGCCGGAGCCCUUGGAUGGGUACUACUUAGCAGUGGUUUGUAAAGGGGAGAUGGUUCUCCUUGUGGGGGAUCUCAAAAAAGAAGCAUUCAAGAAGACUAAUGCAAACCCUUCACUGUCCAAUGCAAUGCUCAUUUCAAAGAGGGAACACAUUUUUGGGAAGAGGGUUUUUGGUACCAAGGCCCAGUUCUGUGAUAAUGGGCCUGUUCAUGGUCUCACAAUAGAGUGUGAUACUGUUGGUGAUAACGAUCCGUCUCUUGUGAUUCGUGUAGACAGUAAGACUGUGAUGCAGGUGAAGCGACUCCGUUGGAAGUUUAGGGGAAAUCAAACAGUUCUGAUUGAUGGUCUCCCAGUAGAGGUUUUCUGGGAUGUCUAUAACUGGCUGUUUGGUAACACUUUUGGGAAUGCAGUUUUCAUGUUCCAAACUUGUUUGUCGGCUGAGAAGUUGUGGGCAAGCCAAACAUUUCCUGAUUCCUCUAUACCGCCUUGGCCUUUAGCUCAGAGUUUUAAGGAGUCUAGUUUACCAGGUGGUCUUGGAUUCUCAUUUAUUUUGUGUGCUUGGAAGAAUGAGUAGAUGUGUGUUCUUCCCCAAAUGAUUGCAAACAGGUUCUUUUGCCCAGAUUGCUCGAACGAAUAAGCAAGCAUCAAAAAGCUUCGAAGGUGGUUCUCAUGCUAUCAGUGAGUCAUACUGUUGUGACGGAUACCUGAAAAGCCUUCCAUGAUUUCGGUAUGCAGCUGUUAUUUUUUUAGUAGAGUGGCUAAUCCUUAUACAUAGUUAGGAGUUGCAUAUUUGUUCUUGAAAUCUAUGAAGCUUAAAUCUUGUAGAAGUCACUGCAAAACAAUGACGGUGAAGUUUACCAUUUCUGUUGGAAAUUAGAAUACUGAGAUUUAACAUUGUAAUUGAGGUGGAAAAGAGAUGGCAGCAUUACUCACACCCUUUACAAUCCGUCAUCCGUGUGAGUUGCAG